ACCUAGUUCACUGCGAAGCCUGCGAACUCGUUGUAACGUCUGUAAAGUGUGACCCUAUUGUUUGUAUGUAGUACGCAGUGGUGUGACGAAACAUUACUAGUAAAUUUCAUUCGAUCUGCUACCUACACAACCACCAGCACAACGAGAGAAAUAUGUCCCAGCCGUGGUGGCGAUACACAAAAGCGUGCGUCCGAGGGAUUUCAAGCAAAUUUGCCGAAGGUGCUUUGAAACUUGCAGAACCUGAGGAGGCAAUUUCUUUGACCAAAGCGAAGGAACAGCAUAAGAACUAUGUGGCAGCUUUAAAAGGGCUGGGUUUGGAAGUGAUCGAGAUCGCUGCGGAUGAUAAGUUUCCGGAUUGCGUGUAUAUCGAAGACCCUGCAGUUGUAUGCGAUGAUACCGCAUUGAUUACUGUUCCUGGGCAUGUUUCAAGGCGAGGAGAAACUAAAGCUGUUAGGAUUGCCUUAGAGAAACUAGGAUUAAGAAUUGUGGACAUGGUGGAACCUGCUUUCAUGGAUGGGGGAGAUGUGCUGUUUACUGGACGCGAGUUUUUCAUUGGUAUUACAUCAAGAACAAAUAGAGAGAGCUGUAAAUUUGUAGAAAAAGCUUUUCCAAAUUAUCCAGUCACAGCUAUUGAUAUGGGUGAAAGUGGCAGCGUGCUGCACUUAAAAAGUUGUUUGUCAAUGGCGGGCCCAGAAUUGAUCGCCAUUGGACAAAGUGAGACCGGGGAAGAGUGCUGGAAUGCAAUUGUAAACCACGGCAAGUUCAAAUACAACAAGCUCUCCGUACCGGAGAAUAUUGCUGCGAACGUGCUGUACAUCAAUGGCACGCUUGUGCAUCAAGCGGCAUCGUUUAUACCGAAGAGCAUUGGUGUUUUGCAGGCAUUAAAUUGUCCCAAAUUGGAGGUGGACAUGUCGGAACUGGCUAAAGCUGACGGUGCUUUGACAUGUGAUUCAUUGUUGAUAAAGUUUUAGAAAUGGUUUGCCCGCGAAUCAAAUUUUCAUGGCAUAUGCGCAAUUUUUUUGUCAUUUAUAUUAUUUCGAAUAUCAUUUAUGUAUUAUUCUUGAAUUUUAGCGGGUGAGUUACUAUUAAGUAACAGGGCGCAGUGUUUCACUGCGCUCUGUAAGUAAUAACUUAUUUUUUUGGUCUAACUCACAACGUGUUGAGCACCUUUAAAGGCGUGAAACUCGAGUAACCGAGCGAACGGUUUUUAACUUUUUCAUCUUCAAUUGUAUUGUAUUACUGCUCUGCCUCUUUGGCAUUGAGCUCUGAUAUAUAUAUAUAUAUACUUUGCUAGUUCUUUAUGAUGUAUGAUGUAUAAUCUUAUGUUUACAAAUUGCAUAUAUUAAAUCUUUAUCACGCAUGUGCAAACAAUAUACC